UGAAUUGUUAUAAAUUUAGCCACGAACAUAUUUAUGUCAACGAAAUGACAUUUAUUAACCGCAUUUUUACAUUGCAGCUAGCAAAGUUAUUUAAACCAAAAUAUUUAAAAGCACAAAUAAACAACAUGAGUGAUUUACAAGAAAUUAUUACAAAAAAUAAAUUUAACGAAGAAAUAUUAACAUCACUUAAGCAUGAGCUGAAAGCACUACAAAACGAAUUACUUGUACGUAAAAAGCAACAGUUACGUGCUGAAAAUGCUGAUUUAAAUAAAAAAGUAGUAAUUGCCAAAUCAUUACUAAUUGAACUAGAAAAUCGUAAUGGAAAAGUACAAAUACCAAUACCUGGUGUGCGCAGCUGUAGCACGCAAGCCACAAAUGCCGCACCACCGGCAACAGCUACUAAAGCCAACACUGCAACUGCUACUCCAGUACCCGCUGAGCAACAAACACCAAAAGCGGAUAAAACAACAAAAGAAAAGAAACCAAAAAAAGAGAAACCUGCUCAAGAUACAAACAAUGCUGUAGCAGCUGAAGCACCUAUAGACGUAGGACGUUUAGAUAUGCGUGUUGGUAAAAUAAUUGAUGUCAAUCGUCAUCCGGAUGCAGAUAGUUUGUAUUUGGAGAAAAUUGAUUGUGGUGAAGCACAACCUCGUACUGUUGUAUCGGGUUUGGUAAAAUAUGUACCAAUUGAAGAUAUGCAAAAUCGUAUGGUUAUUGUUCUAUGUAAUCUCAAACCAGCAAAAAUGCGUGGCAUUGUUUCCGAAGCGAUGGUCAUGUGUGCGUCCACUCCUGAAAAAGUUGAAGUAUUAAGUCCUCCUGCUGGAGCAGUACCUGGUGAUUUAGUGCAUUGCGAAGGUUAUAAUCGUCAACCUGAUGCACAAUUAAAUCCGAAAAAGAAAAUUUUCGAAACCUGUGCUCCAGAUCUAUUGACCAAUAAUGAUUUAGUAGCUUGCUAUAAGGGAGCUGUUUUACAUGUGCCUGGAAAAGGCAAUAUCGUUGCACAAACUUUGAAAAAUGUUAAUGUAAAGUGAAAAUGUAUGUUAAAUUGUAAUGUAAAAGAAAAAUAUUAAAGUUUGCUACUCUUAA